GUCACUCAGAAGUAUAGUCGUUUAGGACUCGUUCUAUCAUAUACACCUUAAAAUUCACUAAACUUCAAAAUGAUGAAAAUUACCAUCUUCGCAUUGGCAGCCUUAGCAGCAGUAUGCGCUGUUCCCCAAGAUGCUGCUGCCCCUAGCCAACAACAACAACAGACAGUCCAGAUUGUCAAGCAAGACUCUGAAGUAGACGUCAAUGGAUACAACUUUGAGUUCGAGACCAGCGAUGGUACCUCCAGACAAGAACAAGGCGAGUACAAAAACGACACGGAUCAGCAAGGUCUGUCUGUGAAGGGAAGUUACAAAUACGUUGCCCCCGAUGGCCAGCACAUACAAGUGACCUUCGUAGCUGAUAAGAACGGCUACCAACCAAAAGAACACACCGGAGAUGACCAACAACAACAGCAACAACAAGAACCGCAACAACAGCAACAACAACAGCCUGCACAAUACUAAAAGUAAUUUUAUCAGAAUCGCUAAAACCAAAUAAUGUAAUGUUAAGUGAAUUAUAUUUUCUAGUCUAAAUGUGGACAUGUAACUCGUAGAUGUGAAUAAAAUAAACGUAUUUACCUCUU